CCUUCUCCCGGUCUAAUUCUGUCUUCACGAUGCAAGAGCGCUCUACUGGCCGAGCCGGGUAACUCAGCCUCCUCCCUCAUCCUCUUCCUCAUCCUCACCACCCUCCUCACCACCCUCCUCCUCCUCCACGGUUCACCAUCACUGUGAGUCCCAGCCGCGUCCGUCGGAGCACAAGACGAGUUUCCUACCCCUCCCCUCUCAUCUCCUCUGCACGAGUUCGCCGGCUGCCUCGGUCGCCGCAUCUCUGCCGGGGCACGAUGGCUGCAGGAGUGGUGCGUGUGGUGCAGAGGCUGAGGGAAACCCUGGAGGAGCACACAGACUCCAUCGACCUGUCUGCGUGUGAGAUGACGAACGUGCCCGUGGCGGUGAACGUGAUGCUGGCGGAAGUCGCGGACGACGUCCGGGUCGCAUCUCUGGCCGACAACAUCCUCAAGUCGCUGCCCAGCAACUUCCUCAGCACCUUCUCCCACCUGCAUGAGCUGCACCUGCAGGGCAACCGACUCAAGUCGCUGCCGGAUGCGGUGGCCUCCCUGACCGAACUGCACUUCAUCGAUGUCUCCAGGAACUGCUUUGUGACCUUCCCGGAGAGCCUCACCGCCACGCCGAGCCUACGCACCAUCGACCUGUCCCACAACUCCCUGCAGGAGCUCCCCGCCGAGAAGCUCGCGGCCAUGCCCUCCCUCGCGUCGCUGAUCGUCACCGCGAACCCCCUGACGCAAGACGCCGUGGACUCGCUGAGCCUGCUGACGGACACCCUGCGAGUGACGCUGGCCCCUCCGGAGGAGCGCAACGGCCACGGCGGCUGUGGCAGCGAUCGAGAAACGAGCGUCACGGGUGACGAGGCCGCUCGUGACGAGGCUCGCUGUGCCGCUGAUGUCGUUGCCGAUGACCGGUGCCUUUCCCAGAGUGACCGCCCCCACCUCCCACUGCCUCCCCCACCACCACCCCCACCCCCCCUACCACCCAUUCGCCCCAGGCUGGAGUGAAUGGUCCUCCUCGGCCAGGCGGUCGGCAACCUGCAGCUGCAGAGACGCAUGCGGCUCUUGAAGGGCUGCAGUGCGGCUCUUGGCACUCGAAAAAAAUGUGUUAUUUUGGUUGGCGAUCCCUUACCAUGGACAUCCAGUUCACCAUGGACGUCCAGUUCACCAUGGACGUCCAGUUCACCAUGGUAGUUCAGUUCACCAUGGUAGUCCAGUUCACCAUGGUAGUCUAGUUCACCAUGGUAGUUCAGUUCACCAUGGUAGUCCAGUUCACCAUGGACGUCCAGUUCACCAUGGGAGUCCAGUUCACCAUGACGUCCAGUUCACCAUGACGUCCAAUUCACCAUGGUAGUCCAGUUCACCAUGGAAGUUCAGUUCACCAUGGACGUCCAGUUCACCAUGAAAGUCCAGCUCACCAUGGAAGUCCAGUUCACCAUGGAAGUCCAGUUCACCAUGGAAGUCCAGUUCACCAUGGACGUCCAGUUUACCGUGGGCAGGGAUCGGCAACCUGCGGAUCGGGAGCGGCAUGCGGCUCGUUGAGUGACUACUUCGUGGCCUUCUUCUU